GGACUUUUAAUUUGAAAAGUCUCCCGGAAACACACUUGCUGCUGGAUUCGCGCUUUUGAGUGUCGGCGCCUGAACACGCAGAAAUCAAUACUCGCCGCUUUUUAGAAUUAAAAUCGAGAUAUCUGGAAAAUAAAAACUCUUAAGAGAUGUUUUAUCACAUCUCUUUGGAGCAUGAGAUUCUCCUGCAUCCCCGAUACUUUGGACCGAACCUGUUGAACACAGUCAAACAGAAGCUGUUCACUGAGGUGGAGGGAACAUGUACAGGAAAGUACGGCUUUGUUAUUGCAGUAACCACGAUCGAUAAUAUUGGAGCGGGUGUUAUCCAGCCUGGCAGGGGUUUUGUGCUGUAUCCCGUCAAAUACAAAGCCAUCGUGUUCCGUCCCUUUAAGGGAGAAGUUGUGGAUGCUGUCGUCACCCAGGUUAACAAAGUUGGACUCUUUACAGAAAUUGGCCCCAUGUCUUGUUUCAUUUCUCGUCAUUUUAUUUCUUAUGUGGUGUUUUUUGAAAACUCAAAUCCUCCAUGUUAUAAGACAGUCGAUGAGGACAUUGUGAUCCAACAAGACGAUGAAAUUCGGCUGAAGAUUGUGGGAACCCGAGUGGAUAAGAAUGAUAUUUUUGCCAUUGGCUCUCUCAUGGAUGACUACCUGGGUCUUGUGAGCUGAUUCUUCUGCCAAGAAUAUGGGAAAUAUGAAACUUGAUGCUAACUAGUUUAUGUAUAUACUGUAAUUAUUUUCCCAUUCAUUUGAAGUUGUGUUUUUUUCUCCCCUCUUUUUAUUGUUAUUUUUAUCCCCAUGUUAGUAUAUCCAUAGUUUUCCCAUGGCAAGAGUUCAAUUGUGGAGCGGCAUCAAGUUAAAUGGGAAAGACUGUGAAUUGUUUCAUUUAAAUAUCAUUAGUUGGGCUCUUGAGAUAUUGAGAGAUCCUGUGGGCAAAAGCAUUUCACAAGCAUGUUAUGGAAAGUCAGCGGUAUCAUUCAUCACAUUUUAUAAUGUAAGGUCAUUUUUAAGCAUAUUUUUGUAAAUGCCAGCCAGCCUGUACUUGAAUAUAUUUCUCUUUUGUAAUACAGCACUCACAAAAUGUUGA